AUGGUCUUGGUUCCUGGGUUCAAGUACAUCUUUGUGGUCAUCUCUAAGAAACACAAAGGAAAGCGCUCACUCCUCUGGGCUCUGGUCCCUGAGGUACAGAGCUGCUGCAGGGGCCACACUGCUGGGGCUUCCUGUCUUGGCUCGGCUUCUCCUGCUUCCCAAGAGCCCAGGCGCAGGGGCGCAGGGGCCGCGAGCUACCACCGUUACGCCAACUGCCACCACUGUGGCAAAGCCAGCAGCCACAUCAUGCUGCCUUUGUUCCUGGUCCUCUCAUGCCUGGGCCAACUGAUCACUGCGGGCCAGGACUCUGAAACACCACUUCUGCAGACCACAGUGCCACAGAAAAUCAAGAACAGCAUCAACGAUGCCAAGGUAGCAGACACGCACGUAAUUAAGAAACCGGAUUUUUGGAAAAUGACGGGUGUUUAUUUGUCAUUUUUGCAUCCACGUUUUAUGGCAUAUUCGCAUAGCAAGUUGGGAAUAUUGCAACUGGAUUACUCUUUAAUAAAGGGUCAUUGCUUCUAUCAAGGACACGCCGUGGAGAUUCCAGCAUCGACUGUGACACUCAGCACUUGCUCAGGUCUCAGGGGCUUGUUGCAGCUAGAAAACAUCACCUAUGGAAUCGAGCCAUUAGAAUCGUCAGCUACAUUUGAACACAUAAUUUAUCAAAUAAAGAAUAAUAAAAUUGAUUAUUCCCCCUUAAAAGAAAACUUGAAUCUUCAGCACGAAAGUCAGUCCUACCGAAUUCUUGUAAAACCAGAGAAAGGUUCAAAUGUGUCACUGAUAAAAAGGUCGCUGAAUGUGAAGGUCAUCCUGGAUAAAGCCAUGUUUGGCCAUAUGGGCUCUGAGAUGGGAGUUGCAGUUCAGAAAGUCAUUCAUAUCUUUGGUCUCAUUAACACAAUGUUUUCCCAGCUGAAGAUGACUGUGAUGUUAACGUCUUUAGAGAUCUGGGCAGACCAAAAUAAGAUAGAAACAAUCGGGGAUGCUGAUGAAGUUCUGCAAAGGUUUCUGCUGUGGAAACAAAAACAAGCAUCCGAAAGAGCCCAGGAUAUCACGUACUUACUCCUGUAUAAGGAUUAUCCUGAUUACGUGGGAGCAACAUAUCACGGCAUGGCCUGCAACCCAAAGUUUACAGCAGGAAUCGCUCUGCACCCCAGGACAUUAACCGUGGAGGGCUUUGCUGUUGUUCUGUCCCAGAUGCUUGGAAUUAACCUGGGGUUAGCCUAUGACGACGUCUACAACUGCUUCUGCCCAGGAAGCGUGUGCAUAAUGAAUCCUUCGGCAAUACGUUCCCAAGGCAUAAAGGUUUUUAGCACUUGCAGCCUGGAUGGAUUCAAACAGUUGGCUUCACAGCCUGAACUAGACUGCCUUCAGAACAAACCAGUGCCAGAAAUUGUCGCUCUGCCUCAAGGGUCAAUAUGUGGUAACGGCCAAUUGGAGGAACCAGAGGAGUGUGACUGUGGCCCCUCAGAGACAUGUCGUCAUAAAGGAUGUUGUAACGCUGAGGACUGUACUCUGAGAAAGCCUGCAACAUGUGGGUCAGGGGCAUGCUGUGACAGAAGGACAUGCAAGAUAGCCGAAAGAGGGCGUCUAUGUAGGAAAAGCACAGACUUGUGUGAUUUCCCUGAGUUCUGCAAUGGAGUGUCUGAACACUGUGUCCCUGACAUCAAAGCUGCUGACCUAGAACCAUGCAACAAUUUCACUGCCUAUUGCUUUGGUGGGGUCUGCCGAGACCUGGAUAGGCAGUGCAUGGAUUUAUUUGGAAAACAUGCUAGGGGUCCUAAUUAUUUGUGUAUACAAGAAGUGAAUAUUCAAAAUGACAAAUUCGGAAACUGUCAUGGACGCUGUAAUUAUAGUGCUGUGUUUUGUGGAAAAGUGGCUUGUAUCUGGGACCGUACAGAAAUCAUACCAACAGAUAAAUAUGAUAUCCAGUACACUUACAUUGGAGGCCAUGUGUGUGUGUCCGCACACUUAAGAGACACUCAGUUCACUGAUGAUACUUAUGUACAUGAUGGUACCAUUUGUGGUGGUGGCAAGGCCUGUAUCCAAGGGAAGUGCUUACGUGUGCAUGCCUACAGAGGACCUUUACAAUGUGACUCUGAGAAAAAGUGCCAAGGAAAUGGGAUUUGCAACUCUCUACACAACUGUCAAUGUGACGUUGGCUAUGCACCUCCAGAGUGUGACAUGACACCUUCAUCUCCAGGAGGGAGCUUUGAUGAUGGAUUUUGGCUGCCCUUUGAGAAAAGCACACCUUUGAUUGUCAAGCAUCACGGUGCUCGUUAUAAAAAGGGACUUUUGAUCAGUUUCUAUGUUUUCCUGCCUUUCCUCAUCAUGUUUGCCAUCUGUGUUAUUAAGCAGAAUAUCUCAAAGGGAUUUCAGCACAAGGAAGAAACUGUAGUAAGUGGAGGAUUACCAAGCAUCUAUCCAUGCUCAGAACCUUUUAGGUCCUAUUCUCCAGAUGGAGUAGCAGAGACAGUGUGCAAAAAUCACCUAAAGUUACCUGCGCUCUACUUGAGUUGA